AUGUGGAGGCCGGGGGCGGCCGGCGCGCUGCGCGCCGCCAGGCGGGCGGCGGCGGCGCGGCGGCGGAGCGGAGGGCCUGGGGGCGCCCCGCUGGCGGGGGCAGCCGCUGCCAUCCGCGGCCGGACGCAAUUACAAUAUGCUUCAGAGGUGAAGAGCAAGACUGUUCAGUUAAUGAAUUUAAGAAAUGCAGGAAAUCUGAAUGACACAAGCUCUUUAGAUGAGACCACUUACGAAAAACUGGCUGAAGAAACACUGGACUCCUUAGCAGAUUUCUUUGAGGACCUGACAGAUAAGCCUUUUACCCCAGAAGAUUAUGAUGUCUCUUUAGGGAGUGGAGUUCUAACAGUUAAAUUAGGUGGAGACAUGGGAACAUAUGUAAUCAAUAAGCAAACACCAAACCGGCAGAUUUGGCUGUCCUCACCCACUAGUGGGCCCAAGCGCUAUGACUGGACUGGACGGAAUUGGGUGUAUUCUCAUGACAGAGUAUCCCUUCAUGAACUACUAUCAAAAGAAUUUUCAAUGGCAUUAAAAACUAAAUUGGAUUUGUCCUGCUUAAUGUAUUCUGGGAAAGAAGAUACUUGAUGAUACUCUGCCUCAUGGAAGUUUAAAGACUUCAAUCACAAGCCAAGCCCUUCCUUGGUUUCUGAAGUACCUGAGCUUAAUUCUGUUGCUCUUUUUUCUUGACAUCACUAUGUUGUGCAACAAAAAUGAAAAUAAUGUAUUUUUCUCUAGUGCUCAGUCUUUGGUUUCUGUGUCACUGCUUGAAUCAGUGUCCGUGUGGUACAGGUGGUUGAGGUCACCCUUCCUGUCACUGCCUUUCUGAACCUUCUUAACUGCAGAAGUAAGUCAUGAAUUCUUACUAUCUGUAGUCUUGUUUGGAUGUGAGGACUGACCCACCUGGUGACUUUUGACCAGCGCACAAAUGCUAAACUUCUUUUGACAAGAUAUUCACCCAAAACAAGAAAUGUCUGCGAAUUGCAUUGACAUAAGUUGUGGUACUGUGAAUGCACUGCGUUAAAAUGCGUGGCUAUUGCGAGUGAAUAAUGCAUCACAGUCAAAUUAAACACGUCAUAAAUGAAAUGACUGUGGCAGGUAGAAACUUUUCAUUUUGUGCAAUGCAGGUAAUGAGUUUUUCUCUCAGUAUUGCAGAACUUGUUCUUUUCUCCAAAUUCUACACUCUAGUUUCUUUCACAUUAGAAUUUUUUUUGAGCUAAACUUCAAAUUACUUAAAGGUCUGAGUGGCUGUAAGCAUCAUGGGACUGGAAAGGCUGGUAUGUGAUGUUUAAGCUGUGCAGCAAUGUCUCUGCAAAUGCUUCAUUCUGUUACUGUGGAUUUCUCGUUCCAUUCCCUUUUGUUCUUCAAAGAGUUAAAAUACAUAAUUUAUUCACCUUUUUUUUUUUAACUUGAGCAAAUUAAGAUCCUUUCAUGGUCGCAAAAAUUUGCACUAAUUUUGUUCUGCUGCAUUUCUUAAGUAAGCUAGCUUAGGUUAUUUUUUUUCACCAUGAUACAACAAGGCACCCCUUAGUACCGUGCUGAUGCACAAAUUUUUGCCUUUUUGCUUCUUAGAAUUGAGUAUGGUACUUACGCUGAUGAAGCUGUCUUUUUCAGGCUGUUAAAAAAAUGAGAAUGAAAUAAAUUCUAUACUCCGGAUCUUAAACCAAAAAGCGUUAGAAGAAAGCAUGAAUUGCAAGAAGAACACUUCAAUACUUGCACUGUUGUAUUAUUACCACUGGUCAUUUUUAAUUGCCUAUAAAAUGGAAGGACAAAGCUGUUGACGAAUUCUUGAGGGAACAGUUAUACCACACUCUUAAAAAUUGUUUAUCAAUCUAUGAAAAGAUGUUCAGUGCAAACAGUUUUUCUUCUUGUUUCCUCUGACGCUUGUGGUUAGUUUGGCAUGAUUCUCUGGCUAGCUAGAAUUAUUACAGAUGUGAUUAAUUUUGUCAUUGAAAAACAAUAGCUAUAUAGUAUUGUUAGCCAGUAUUUGCAUUUAAAGUAUAAGCGUUGUUACCUGCCAUUUCUCACCGUUAAAUAGAGGGUAACAUUUCACUGGAAGCAGCUCUCGGUUAAUUGUGCACACUGUCUGCAUGUUUUUCAAUCAAAAUAAAAAAUAUGACAAUUACCUGAAAUUUCAGCUCUACUGGAUGAGGAAAAUACAAUGAUUACCAACUCAUGUGAGCACAAGAGUAAAAGAUGGUGGGUUUUUUUUAACAAAGGAAGGCUAAAAAUAGAACAUCUUUUUACUGUUUUGAAUUUAGAACACUGAAUAAUUAACAGCAUAUGGAAAAUGACAGUAUUUAGCUCAAUCCCCUAGUAGUUCAAAUAGCUAUUUAAACACAUUUGUAUAGAUGUUAAUGACUUGAUAUUUGAAUCAAGGAUACUUCCUCCUGGUUCUUCGUUUGCGUGAUCACGUAAAGCUUGUGUAAUUAUUUUUCUGAUUGACUUUUCCGAAAAUUAUUUUCUGAAGUAAUUUACAUGCAACAUACUCACUAACAUGCAUCUGAUUCGUAUUUGGAGGUUCAUUCUCCAUUCCCUUACAUCUUGUGCAAAUGUUUAACCAAUAUAAAGUUGUAUGCUGAAUUCGUAAUUCAUUAUGUAAAGGUGUGAUUUCAGGCCAUGAUGAUAAAGCUGAAGACUGCAGACAUGC